AUGAAAAGGAAUGGCAAAGAUGGGUGGAUUUCUCUUGGUGGAAUCUUUCUAUGCAUUACAGGGACUGAGGCCAUGUUUGCAGACUUGGGUCACUUCGAUGUGCAUGCAAUUCAAUUUUUCUUUUAUUACAUUUCCUGCAUUAGUAUGCGCAUACAGUGUGGACAAGCAGAUCAAAUUGGGAAUACCUUUUAUAACUCAAUACCUGAUCCAAUAUUUUGGCCAACAUUUGUUGUGGCUGUCUCUGCUGCUAUCAUUGCAAACUGUGCUGCCUUUAGAACCACAGAUAAUAUUGGUCAUGCUUAUGGAAUUGCUGUGUGUAUAGUAAUGCUGGUCACAACAUGCAUGGUUGCUCUAAUAAUGCUUGUUAUAUGGAAGACAAGCAUAUUGUGGAUAGCUCUUUCUGUUGUGAUAUUUGGUUUGAUAGAGAUUGUGUAUUUAUCGUCCAUGUUAACUAAAUUCGUUCAAGGAGAAAAAGGUACUUAUUUGAGCUCAAGAUCUGGUGAAUAUGUAAGAGAACUAGUAAGCAAAAGGGUUGUAUCUAGAAUUCCAGGAGUAUCACUUAUAUACUCAGAACUAGUUGAAGGAGUUCCACCAAUAUUUGCUCAUGUUAUUUCCAACCUACCCCACAUUCAUUCUGUAGUAGUAUUUGUUUCCAUGAAGUCCAUCCCUAUUAGCAAAGUUGGCUUAGAUGAGAGAUUUCUUUUCAGACAGAUUCAACCAAAAGAGUACAGAAUUUUCCGCUGUGUUGUGAGGUAUGGCUACAACGAUGUGAUUGGAGAACCAAACGAGUUUGAGCAACAAUUAGUAGAACAACUCAAAGAAUUUAUUAGCGACCAAAAUGUUACUUAUUUGAUUGAGGGGGUGGGAGGAACUGAUGCUGACCAAACAAAUAACAACUUGUUUGUAACGAGCCAACAACAAUCAAACAGUGAUGAUGUUGUAAAGGACAGCAAAGGUUCUUCAAAUAGAAUAGCACCAGCAGCAACUUCUUCAUAUCAAGGGGUGGUUGUGUCUGGUGCUUCAUCAGAUUCUAUUCACUCAUUUGGAAUGACUAGUAGAAUCUCUAAUCAAAAUCUGCAGGGAGUGGAAGAGGAGAUAUCCUUUGUGCAGAGGGCAAUGGAGAAAAGUGUGGUUUAUAUGCUGGGAGAAGCAGAAGUAGUAGCAGAGCCAAACUCAUCUAUACUUAAGAAGAUAGUUGUCAAUCAUAAUUAUAAUUUCUUGAGGAGAAAUUUUAGACAAGGAGAUAAUUUAAUGCAAAUCCCACGUUCUAGGCUUCUCAAGAUUGGAAUGAUAUAUGAAAUAUGA